AUGAGCUCGAAGACCCUUACACUCGAUGGCUUCUCGCUCGAGGCCGAGGACCUCGUCCUCCUCUCCAAGGGCGAGACCAAGAUCCAGCUGAGCGCCGACGCGUGGGCCAAGGUCCAGAGCGGCCGCCAAGUCGUCGACAACAUCCUCGCCGAAAACAAAGUCGCGUACGGCAUCAACACGGGCUUUGGCUUGUUCUCGAACAUUGUCAUCUCGUCCGAUAAGCUCCACGAGCUCCAGGACAACCUCAUUCGGUCGCAUUCGUCGGGCGUCGGCAGCCCGCUCUCGCCGUCGGCGACUCGCAUGCUCCUCGCGCUGCGCAUCAACGUGCUCGCCAAGGGCCACAGCGGUAUUAGCGUCGACACGCUCGAGCAGCUCAUCGACGCGUUCAACAACGACUGCCUCUCGAUCGUGCCGGAGAAGGGUACGGUCGGUGCGUCCGGCGAUCUCGCGCCGCUUGCGCACUUGGCGCUCGGCAUGAUGGGCGAAGGCAAGAUGUGGGACACGAAGGACGGCAACAAGAUCAAGGACGCGGCCGAGGUGCUCAAGGCGCGUGGUCUCCGCCCCGUGCAGCUCAAGGCCAAGGAGGGCCUCGCGAUGAUCAACGGCACGCAGCUCAUCACGUCGAUCGGCUGCGAAGCCGUCGUGCGCGCCGCCAACGUCGCCGAGGUCGCCGACAUUGCAGUUGCGCUCACGCUCGAAGUGCUCAAAGGCACGGUCAACGCGUUCCACCCGCGCAUCCAUGAAGUGCGCCCGCAUAAGGGCCAGCGCAUGGUCGCGGACCGCAUCCGCACCUUGCUGCAGGCGGACAAGCCGUCCGAACUCUUCCAGUCGCACAACUACGCGGGCAAGGUCCAGGACGCGUACACGCUCCGGUGUGCGCCGCAGAUCCACGGUAUCGUCAACGACACGAUCGAGUUUGUGCGCGGUAUCAUCAACGUCGAGAUGAACUCGGCGACCGACAACCCGAUGGUGUUUGUGGGCUCGGCCGACGUGACCACGGACUUUGCGCCGCAGCACGCCGAGCUCAUUGACGAGCACGAGUCGGCGACCAAGCCCGCCGACUUGGCGGCCGCCAACGAAGAAAUCGCGCGCCUCAAGCGUCUCCUCACCGAGAAGGAAGCGCGCUCGAUGAAGCGCACGUCCGACACGUUCUACCGCGGCGGCGGCGGCUUUAUCAUUUCGGGCGGCAACUUCCACGGCGAGUACCCGGCCAAGGCCCUCGACUUCCUCGCGAUCGGUGUCCACGAACUGGCGAGCGUGAGCGAGCGCCGCAUUGAGCGCCUCGUGAACCCGUCCCUCUCGGGUCUCCCGGCGUUCCUUGUCGCGGACGGCGGCCUCAACUCGGGUUUCAUGAUUGCCCACUGCACGUCGGCGGCCUUGGUCUCGGAGAACAAGGUGCUCUGCCACCCGUCGUCGGUCGACUCGCUCUCGACGUCCGGCGGGAAGGAAGACCACGUGUCGAUGGGCGGCUUUGCCGCGCGCAAGGCGCUCACGGUCGUGACGCACGUCGAGACGGUGCUUGCGAUCGAGCUCCUCGCGGCCUGCCAGGCGCUCGAGUUCCACCGCCCGCUCAAGACGACGGACGCGCUCGAGGCCGUGUACCGCCUCGUGCGCAGCCGCGUGCCCGCCAUGGACAAGGACCGCUACAUCGCGCCGGACAUCGACGCCGUCCUCGACCUCGUGCGCUCGGGCGCGAUCCAGAAGGUCGUCGAGCCGUACCUCGCCAACAUCCACGUCAACCGCUUGUAA